AUGGGAGGGCCGGGUGUUGUGAUGUCCAGCCCCUUGCUCAAGGCGUUAGCUCCCUACCUGCCUGAAUGCUUGAACUCUACCGCCUCACCACACGAGGACACGGAACUAGGCCGCUGCAUAAACUCUCGCCUGAAGAUUAACUGCAGUUUAUCCUUUGAGAUGGAAAACAAAUUCUAUCAAAACUAUAAUCGGUCCUGGAAGAAGUUUGGGUCCUUCCAUGGGGAAAGGGACAGACGUGAAGAGAGUGCCUGGACGCUGCACGCCUUCAAAGAACCAGAAUACAUGUUUGAAAUAGCAAACAAGUUCACUAAAGGGAGCCUUCAGGGAAAGAACGUCAAUGAUCUCUACAAUGUAUGGGAUACAGUCAAAAAGAAAGCUCUCUACAGCGUCUUCUUUGGAAAAUCCACGCUACUGGUGUAUGCCAGUGUAAAGGUAAUCUACACUCUGUGUUGCUUCUUUGUUUUCCUCUUGAGAUCGCUCACUGAUUUACAUCGGCAGACCAACAACCACACGGAGAUUCUUGGGCUCACAUACCAACAUCUGAGUACUGACCAAGGUACCCAAGAAAUCAUUUUUGUCCGAAACGCCAAAAUAAAUAACAAAACUGUUGUACCCGUAUUAGUUCGGAGAAACUUCGUGAAGCAUCAUGUGCAAUUCAGAGAAUCGGGAGAAGAAAGAGGGACACAGAAUGACACGAACAUUAUAUACAUUCUUUUGACGGUGUUCCAAAAAUCCUCGUGCUAUAUACGUUAUGUACGGAACCACAAGAAGGCGGUAGAUGGCUACAAGGGCAAGGUACAGCUGCGAGUGGUGCUCUUCAGAGAUGAAGGAGGAGAACACAGAAAUGUUUCUGCCGCCACUUCUGCAUUGUUGCAAGGCAGCCCUGACCUAGACGUUCACAUGAUGAUAGUUAACGAAACGUUUGGGCGAGCCAGGGGACUGGUACUCGCCAUGGAGAACCUGGCCAACAACUCUUUACUAUUGCUAAUGGACGUAGACAUGGAAUACACCUCCGACUUUCUGUACAGAGUAUCAAGGAACACUGUCAUGGGCCGAUCAGUUUAUUACCCUAUUGUUUUCAGUCAGUUUAGCCCGGAAGUGACCUGCUACAAGAGAGACAACUGUGAAGAAUUCAUGAGAAGCUUUCAUGAAGAUGUAGGGAUCUGGCGCAGCUUUGGUUAUGGCGUCGUGUCUGUUGUUAAACAAGAUCUGCUUCGAGCCGGCAGUUUGCGGACGGACAUCAAGGGCUGGGGUUUGGAGGAUAUUGAUCUCUAUGAAAAGAUCGUCACAGCAGUGAGCACAGUCAUCCGGGCAGCUGACAGCGGAAUACUGCACAG